AUGGAUGCUUUGAUGGAGAAGAAUGAAGACUUGAUGAGGUAUUUAUAUAGGGUUUUUGAUCGCAGGAAAGGAGUCGAAUUGAAAGGAAAAAGCAUGCUUUCUCACAUUUUGGCAGAGAGAAAGAGGCAUGUACUGGCCUAUUAUAUUAUAUGUACUACUAGUAGCAUUAAAGAAACUACUUGCUUUCUCUCUGCAAUAUCUAUUUGCAUCCCUUCGGAUUGA